GGGGGCGCCAGCGGCGGCGGCGUCGGUUGCAGCACCCAGAGCUCUCCUGCCUGGCCACCUCUGCCUGUCUAAACACCAGUAAACCACAAGCGACUCCAACCAAAGGUUUCCGUGCUGCAGCCUUGAUGGGGGCGACAAAGCGGGCGACAGAGUGAUGGUCUAAGGACACGCAGUCAUAGAGGUGCUUGCGCGGGGAAUGUUGCGCUGGUCGGUGCACCUUGAAGGAGGGCCGCGGAGAGUCAACCAUGCUGCUGUGGCGGUGGGGCAUAAGGUGUACUCCUUUGGAGGCUACUGCUCUGGAGAAGACUACGAGACACUUCGCCAAAUUGAUGUGCAUGUCUUCAAUACAGUGUCGUUGCGCUGGAUGAAGUUGCCUCCAGUGAAGACAGGAGGACAUGAACGCGUCCGUGAAGUGCCAUAUAUGCGCUAUGGCCACACAGCUGUGCUGUUGGAUGAUACAAUCUACCUCUGGGGUGGGCGCAACGACACAGAGGGCGCCUGCAAUGUGCUUUAUGCCUUUGAUGUCAAUACCCACAGAUGGUACGCGCCCAAGAUUUCAGGGACAGUUCCCGGGGCAAGGGAUGGCCACUCAGCCUGCGUCCUGGGAAAGGCUAUGUAUAUAUUUGGAGGUUAUGAGCAGCUGGCUGACUGCUUCUCCAAUGACAUCCACCGGCUGGACACCACCACCAUGGUUUGGUCAUUAAUUAAUGCCAGAGGCACUCCAGCACGAUGGAGAGACUUCCACUCAGCCACAAUCAUCGGGACAAAAAUGUUUGUGUUCGGAGGGAGAGCAGAUCGCUUUGGUCCCUUCCACUCCAACAACGAGAUCUACUGCAACAAGAUCAAAGUGUUCGACACAGAGACCAACUGCUGGCUGAGCACCCCUUCAACACAGCCAUUGCCUGAAGGACGUAGGAGUCAUUCAGCCUUUACCUACAAUGGGGAGCUCUAUAUAUUUGGAGGAUACAAUGCUCGCCUGGACAGGCACUUCAACGAUCUUUGGAAAUUCAAUCCAGAGGCCUUUUCCUGGAAGAAGAUAGACCCAAAGGGGAAAGGCCCGUGUCCACGGAGACGACAGUGCUGCUGUAUGGUUGGAGAUCGAAUCAUCCUCUUCGGAGGAACCAGCCCGUGCCCAGAGCAAGGAAUGGGAGAUGAAUUUAACCUCAUGGAUCAUUCAGACCUGUAUAUCUUAGACUUCUGCCCUAAUUUGAAGACGUUAUGCAAAAUAGCUGUUAUUCAGUACAGUCUGGAGCAGUCAGGACUCCCGCAUGAUAUCAGGUGGGAACUGGCAGCCAUGACGACCAACAGCAACAUCAGCAGGCCCAUCUUCUCCUCGCACGGUUGACGCAGCUGAAUGUGAAGCAGAACCGGAUCUGUUUCAGGAAAAACUGGACUCUUAUCUUUCUAGUCAACUGAGCUCCAAGGAACUUGUGUUUUGAGUCGUCCGGAUCUGUAUCUGAUAUAUUCUCCACAUUCUACAUGUGAAAACUCUACUGACCAAGAUGUCCUGUGUUAAGACUUCCUUGGAAACGUUUGGCCUUGCCGCGAUGAAGGACAUUUUACCCACCGAGACUCCAGCUGCGCGAAGCAGAUGUUGCUGACGCCUUUUCACCUUUUUCCUCCUCUUUCUAGCCUCUCCAGGUAUCCAAUCAGCCUAUGAUAAUCAUAGACUUCUAAUGUUAAGCACAGGAAGAGGCACGACCUUCAGCCAAAGGUGUUGAGAGCUAACCUCUUUUGAGGAUAUCAUCAAGAUGUCAAAUUACAUGAAACGACUACUGUCAACCUUCAGCUGCAGAUGUAAAGAGGCUGACUCGCGGUUGUAAUUUAUUCAUAAAAUCACCUACAACGUCCAUGAGCAGACUCGACUAAAUUAAUAUGCUUAGUUAAGAGCAAGAAGGCCGAAUGUCCGAGACUACGAACCUGGAGUGUUAUGCUUAUAAAAAGACCUUGUCUUUUUUUUAACGUUUACCUAUUCACCUGCUUCAUUAUAACGUGAACGGCACCCACACUUCUCUCUGGUGUCCGUGUGAUUUUACAAGGCAGCCGAAGAAAGCUGUUUGCCCUGAAAAAUAAUCAAGGCCAUCUACCUCCCCCCCAAGCAUGCAUCAUUGACUCCUUAGGACUUCCUGUACACGUGGCACCUGUCAUUCCCUCGACACGGAGAGGCUUUCCACAGUCUGCCUGGUAUUUUUCUGAAACGCUGCAGAGAACUGUCGGACGGCCCGGCUCGCAUCACUUCUCUACCCUACGAGUUUGUUUUCAGUGCCAAAUAUAGAAGGGAAUUUUGAUGCAAAUGCGUGUGGAAGCUCUCGGUAAGCCCACAAACAAAUCCUAGCCGCCUGCUCCAGUUUGCCUCUUUCUUUCGGGAAACUCAUCACUAUUGCCAACUUUUCCACUAGUACCUACUCAGCCCAGCGCCUCGGCUCCACUCAGCUCGGUCUGGUGCUUUCCCACUAGGGGUCUAACGUACCGAGUAGAUACUCUUUCUGUAACUAUUCUGCCGAAGUUCUAAGCGGCUGAGUCGGGCUGUGAUGUCAUCACACUACAGGCCACUGAUUGGUCGAGGGGUUGGAGUCAGACGUCUCAGUCAGGAUGUGACAUCAGUGAAAGAACGACUCUGACGGCGACUUCUUGUUCAUUUUAUUCCACCAGCAACGGCAAAGAAGUCCGUUUGAUGAUCCAACUCUGAGGUGCAGAUGUUAAUAAAACUGGUGGCUGAGGAGAGAAUUAAAAAGGGAUCUAGACGGACGUAGGGCUGGGCGAUUUUGGACAAAAAUAAAAUCCCGAUUUUUUUUCUCUGAAAACCCCAUUUUCGAUUUCGAUUUUUUUGGUAAAACUACAAAAGAAAAUGGAAAAAUUUGUUUCAAAUAUUUUAUCUUUAUUUUUAAAGAAAAAUAGCAAACAAAUGUCCCUAUUGGGAAUGAAGUGCAAUUGAAAGAUACUGUAAAUCCUCCUUGAGUUUAGUGACAACAUUUACAAUUUUCUUGACCAAACAAAGAUGACUAGACGAGCUCUGUCUGUAAUGCAGCCAGCUGCAAAAAAGGAAAAUCGAUUUUCCGAUUUUCCUUUUUUUAACAUCGUCUUGAUUAAUAAAUCCGAUUUAGAUUUAAAAUCGAUUAAUCGCACAGCCCUAGACGGACGAUAAGGAACGACCAGAUCUACCAGGGGCUCUGUCACUUCAUAGCUGCUCGGUUCUACAUCUUUAGUGUUGUUGUCGUUUAGAUCACGCUCCUACUUCUGCUCCAGGUGCUGAAUUGUUCUGGAAACUAAACUGGGCCAAGUUGAGCCGAGCUGAGACGAGUAGAGCCGAGUAGGUUCUAGUGGAAAAGUGCCAUAAUAUGUGUAUAGUAGUACUUUUUUUUUUUGUUGUUUAAUAGACAAUCCUACAGCUUACAGAAAGCCUCUUCGUGACCGGUUUAUUCAUAAUAAGUGAAACGCAGGAAUCUGUGUUUGUGUGGAGUUCUAAACAUGGGCAGCAAAUGUUCUGAAUGCAUAAGGGCUGUUAUUAGAAAACUAACACCUUGCCGUUUGAAGAGAACCUGGAAAAGCUCAGAAAGAGCUUGUUUUAAUCAGGUAAAGAACAAGGUUAUGUUCUAUAUUUUUGCUGUUAUUAACAAAUCCCAUAAAAAGACCAAAACAAGCUGUGUGUAAUGCUGUCUCUCCACACCUUCAUUUUUUAUCUCUGGUGCUGUCGACCUCACGUUUUUGUUUUGUUUCUAUCCCCACUGAAUCCCAGCAACUUGCUGGACUAUAUCAUUUUUAACAGUGCUGUAACUCAGCGGUGGAGUUGCUGCACGUGUGUGCGUACAGUCUGACAGCAGGACAUUUUGAUAUAUCGGAGUGAUGCAGAUGGACCUUGUUGGACGAAUUCAUUUUUGCUUUUAAUCUCUGUGGGCUGUAAAACUAAAACAACAUCAGAUCUGCCCCAUAAAUCUUAAUAAGCAGUGCAGCAUGACAUGAAUGACUUGGUGAUGGUUUGCAGCCAGGAGACUUGGCAGAAUGCUGGGUUUUUUUUUUCCUAUUAACCUCCCACGCCCCCUCCAAAUAAUGGAUUUUAUUUGCAUGUGGUCCAGAGCAGAAUGCUGUAGAGUUACAGGUAGAAGUAGAAACUGUCCCCACACAUUCAUGAGCUGCGGCUCGGCUUUUCAGUCCUGUUCUUUGGGACCAAGUUUGCUUUUUCUCUCUGGCCAACCCGUCAGUCCGAUCUGUUCUGUAUCAGUUUCUAAUAAGCUGAUUUUUGUUCAAAGGAAAAUCAGCAAGGCUCUGUUUCCCAAACAUCAGGAUAUAACAACACUGACCUUCAUCGUAUAUGUUUACAAAAGAAAUGGAGCGUAAAAACAGUCUGUAAAUACAGAUUGGAGUCACUAGUUAACUGCACUAUAGCCUAUUGUGGCACAUCUGGCCUUACAGAGAUGAGAAAUGUAAAUGCUGCUUUUUGCCUGACCAGACUCCAGAGUUUGACAUGUUUGAACUGCCCAAGUCACGUCUGAGUUUUUAUUUCCUGACCAGCGGUGCCAAUGUGACUCGGCGAGUUUUUACGCCCUCUGCACUGCACGUGCAUGUGGACAUUAUAGUUUUUUAGUUCCCUCGAAUGACUAUACAAAGCUGAAAUGCAGUAAAAUGACAGAAAAAGCUAAUUGUGUGUCCUCACACACGCAAAAAAAAGAACAAUUUUCUUGCAAACAAAUGAACAAAUCAAACUGUUUAUGAGGCACCACAUGGGUUCUGGCAAAUUCUGAGAUUUCCUCUUUUUUUCAUUUUUCUUUUCCAGGCUGUGGUGUGAAAGUUUUAGUUGAGGAUUUUGGUCCCCCGCAUUGUUGUGAGGUUAUGAAUGAUGAGAUUUUUAGUGUAUUACAAGAAUAUGACAUAAAUGUUCAUGUGAGCAGGAAAAUAAAAUAUCUGCCCGAGUUUCCUCAGCGACGUUCAUCCUCCAAGCUGGUGAAGUGUAAACUGGCAUUGCACUUUUAAAGAUACUGAUCUAAACAUCUUGGACAAUGCAAGUUUCCAGCUCUUUCUGGUGUUUCACGUGAAAUCAUAUGAGGAGGUUUUAGCUGAUCAGUUUAACAGGUUACUAACAUUGCAGGGGCGAAUAAAUAAUAAAUAAUACUAAAAUCAUCUGUAUGUUACUGCCUCAACUUGUGACAACGCCUCUCAGUGCUGACAAACUUAUGUGGACUAAUUUGAUACCAGUAGUUGUGCUCCAUAUUUAGGGUUUUAACAAAUACUAAGAGGGGGGGAAGGAAAAAUAAAUAAAAGUAUGGAUUUAUGUUGUAUUUUCAGCUAUUUAGGCACCGGAUCCUUGUUUUUAUUUGAUGUCUCUUUAAAGGGGCUUCUGUGUCUGAUGAUGUUGGUCAGGACUUCCUGUGCAAUAUGCUGUAGAAAUGUAUCAAUAAACCUGAAACAUUUUGAGUCGA